AUGGUGAAAUUCAACUUCAACUUGCCCCUCAGCAGCUUGUUCAAGUUCAAGGCGGGCAAAUUUAACAUCCAGCUCGAACAAGACAUCAGAGCCAAGUUGGACUCUUUACCUUCAGUGACUAAGAUCUACAGCAACCCAGAUGGCACUCCUCGUGUGCCUUCCGAUAGCGAGUUCAAGACUAUUGCCGAGUUGCAAAAUUUGUACUACAAGAGAAACCACUCGGAGUGGAAGUUCAUUCUCCCAGGCAUUCCAAAAGAGCAGUUAGAGUUGUUUAGAGACAACUCGCAGGACUUGAACAACUUCCAAUUUGUGAGCAAGGAUGCCGGUAAGAUCAUCGAUAAAAUCCCAUACAAGGACGAAACCACCGGUGAGCUAAAAUGGAGAGUAGUUCGUGAGACUGAAAAGGCUGAGGGCUGGGAGUUGCCAUACUACUACAUUGUGUUGCCAGUGUUCAUAUACGUGCUCUACUCGAAAUACACCGCACAGAUGAAGAAGAGAGAAACCGAUGGCCCAGAGUGGGCUGAGAAGGAGUUGAGAUUGAGAGCCAUGGAAGAGUACUUCCACGGAGACACAGAGAAGGCCAAGGAAUUCUUGUCCAACGAGGGCAAGUCCGACAGAGAGAUUAGAGACAGAGAUGACUUGGUGGUGGCCAGAAUUUUGGCUGGUGAUUACGACAAGUUGGCUCAGUUGAAGAAGAAGUUGCCAAAGGACUUGGUGCCAAAGGUCGAGGUCAACGACAAGCUCAACAUC